AUGCCUCCCUACAACCUCGCACCCCCCCGACGCAUCACAGGCGUCCAACCUAUCCCCUGCCUUCAAACCGCCUUUGGGGAUGAGCACGCCGAGCCUGGCGUUGAAGUCAAGCAACCCAGCAAGCAAAUACCCACGAGCAAUGACGGGCAGACGACGUCGACCGACUACCUGGUGAUCAUCUCCGGCACGCUGAGCCUCAUGACACCCGCACCCGAGCUCUACCAGGUUAAGGAUGGGGAAGGCUACCUACGGUGA